AUGAGGAAUGGAUUUGCAGAAUCGUUAUCAAAAUGGCUUACCGAAUCGAUUUACAAUUUGGGUACUUUUGAAGGGAGACGUGUGAUUGUUGUAGGAAUUGUUGGAAAAUCUUCUAGUGAUUGUUCCAAAGCUGAUCCAAUCAAUCAGUUAUUAGGGCGCCCAAUUUUCAUUCAACGAAUUCCUAUGGAAGGCAGUACUGCUUCGAUCGAAGCAUAUUAUGAAUCGGAAUGGUCGGUUCUUUUUUUGCAUCUUUCUGGCUAUGGUGAUUUGUGCUCACUGGAAUAUUUUGUACAAAAUAAUGACGAUGACCGAAAAGAUUUCUUCGAACUUCUUUCCCAGCAAGAAAUCGACUAUGCGCGAUGUCUGACCUUUCUCUUGGUUUGUUCGCACUUACUCAUUUACAUGGAACCAGGUUGUCGAUUUGAUCAGAAUUGUUGCCGCGAUUUGAAGCGAGCCAAUGAACUUCGACGGUUUUGUCAGAGAGAAAUUCGGACAAAACUGUCAGCUAUUACGGGUUUCCCACAGGGCUGGUCGGCUGAAGGACGCUUAGCUCAGCCGCGGUGCCUAUUUGCUUUCCACCGUCAUUUACUAAGGGGCGAUUUAAAUUCUAGCCGAAAGAGAGAACUAAGGAGCAAACUAGUGGACAAAUUAGAACAACAAAUAUAUCGCUGUAUGCAAAUAUAUGGACUGGUUGCAGGUAGUGAUAAGGACUGUCCAUGUAGUUUACCGAAAUCUGUAGAACAAUCUGUUUACUUAUUUUCGGCAGCGGAAUCAUCUCAUGAUGAUAUUCGUGGCAGUUUAUUGAUGCUUCUCGAACGAGGUAAAGAAGGCAGUGAUGGAACUGGAAAAAGGGAGAAGGAAGAACGAAAUGAUUUUGGUGAUUUUCUGCGGUCACAUAUCGAUCUCGUACGACAAGAUGAAGAAAAGAGGAGAUAUCUUUAUGAAAUACCUACGCUGAAAUGGCUCUUGAUUGGUGGAAAAAUCGUGUAUGAUCAGUUAUUUCAAAUACGAAUCUUUAGUGACGAGAAAAUAUACAGACUUAGUAGUCCUGAACUGCAGUUUUCCAAAAGCAUGGAGGGCACCUACAUCGGGCAAGCUAAAGCAGUAUAUCAAAGUAGCAACAAAGAUAUGCGUGAUUUCGAAAAGCGAAAGUCACAGGUUUUCACGAAAGCGGAGCAUGGAGCUAAGUUGGCGCGUGCAGUGGAACAUCUGGAAUGCAUUUAUCAUGGUACCAGAUUGGAAAAGGCCAAAGAAAAAUUGAAGCAGGAAUGCGAAGCUCUCUGGGCUACUCAAAAAGCGUGUGAAUUUGUUUCCCUUACUGGAAACGAAUGUGCUCUACCGGUUCAUUAUUCCUUAUCAGACUUAGAAGUGCCCGCCUCGAAACGAGUUGCUCACUCAAGCGGAGCUCGCUUUCUUUCCACAUGCAAUUGUGGCCUUUCUCAGGCACUGCGCAACGAUCCGUUUUCAUUACGUGAAGCUAAUUAUGAUUUCUAUAUGCAGUCACAGUUUACAUGUUGCAAAAAUAUGGAAGAGUAUAAAUUUGAAGUUUUCAAACAUGAUGUUAAUGAUGGGUCAUUGGAUAUAGAAAGUUUACCGGACAAGUCGCAAAAAUCGACAACUUCUCCAGAACAUAGUUUUUCUGAAUUUUCAUCAACGUCGAUAGGAGAGAACUAUUUGAAAAUGCUUCUGGAUCGUGAUAAUCCUCUGGAAGAUGAUGAAAUGCAACAUGAAAGUAUACAAUCUCCCUUCAAAAGUAAUUUAUGUACGGAAGGUACAGAUAUUGAUGACGUUGAGAAAGAAUUAGAAGAGAAGAAAGUUUCAAUAUCAUCAGGGACAGAAAAGUGUGGUGAGGAACAAACGCCUGAAGAAUUGGAGAAUAAUGAUGACGAGGACGAGGAAGAAUAUGUUAGGACAGAAGAGGCUGAACAAUCAUUUUUAGGAAUAAGGCGCCAUCGAGCGCACAUGGAUGAUUACGAAUCGUGGUCGCAGGAAGAUGAAGAGACUAUUCCAGAGGCUGAGGCACAAGUUUCAUAUCUUGAUGAUGAUGAUGUACAGCUACGAGAACCGGACGUAGACAACUCUGGCAACUUAGAUAACUCUGCUAUGAACUUUGAAGAAGAAUUGGUGAAGUUAAGAAAAUUAUGCAAAGGUCAGUUUUUGGAAUGCGUUCCUAAUACAGAAUCGCCAUCUAGAAAGCCUCUUUUUCCUUCCUGGUCACUUUUAUGUCUGGGUGCGUCGAGCUUGUACAGUCACAAAGCUGGACUUCGCGACAUGCCAAACUUCAAAAGCGGAACGCAGUUUCUUCUACCGGCCGACGUCUUCGUAGCAGUUGAUCCUGAAAAAUGGGAUAUUGAUAUGAGGAAAAUUAUGGGCGACUCGUAUGGCAUAAGAUCGAAGCGUCCUAUCAAAGUGAGCAAGAGUAGUCGUGAAAAAGUGAAGCUGUUUGUUGGAUUUGAAUAUGAAUGCCCACGGGGACAUCGAUUCAUGAUCCAGGAUGUGCAUGCCAACACUAGGAUGAAAGUAGCACCGAAUUCAAAAGAAUCGGGAUCAGCCUUGAUUCGUUCAGAUUUACCAUUGUGGACGAAAUGUACUUGCCGUCGACUGCCUCAAGUAAGUGCUCAGUUGAUGCGACUCCAUGUCGUCACCCCUAAAGCUCCGGUUACGGUCGUCUUGAAUCCUCGUGUUCAGCCAACAUCAAAAGAGCCAAUAUACCAUACAGGAGAAGCACCCUUACAUCUGGAAUGGGCACGUUAUUACAUUCUACGUUUCCCUUACGUUUAUGCUGGUCCGCAUGGAACUGUUCAGCGACCCAAUGAGGCUGUAAUGUCAGGUAAAUUGUUGGCAAACUGUGUUGAAGUUCUGUACAUACCUAUGCAUUAA